AUGGUCAGCUUUCUGCAGCUCCUCCUAGCGUGGCUUGGAGGGUGUGGCUGUGCAGGCCGCCUCGUGCCUCCCAGCCAGGGAGCCAAGGCCGGAUCCUUCCGGGGAAACCCAUCUCAGCGUUGGGAACGACCUCUGUUCAGGACCCGUCGCAGCUGGGUCUGGAAUCAGUUCUUCGUCAUUGAAGAAUAUUCGGGUCCGGAACCUGUCCUCAUUGGAAGGCUGCACACCGACGUGGAUCGUGGUGAGGGUCGCAUCAAGUAUGUCUUGACUGGAGAAGGGGCAGGCACGGUCUUCGUCAUAGAUGAGAAGACAGGCAACAUCCAUGUCACCAAGACGUUGGACAGAGAGGAGAAGGCUCAGUACACAUUGCUCGCUCAAGCGGUGGAUCGGGCAUCCAACCGGCCUCUGGAACCACCGUCUGAAUUCAUUAUCAAAGUCCAAGACAUCAAUGACAAUCCGCCUGUCUUCCUGCAGGGCCCCUAUCAUGCCACCGUGCCUGAGAUGAGCAAUGUCGGUACGUCCGUGAUCCAGGUGACGGCCCACGAUGCGGAUGAUCCGACCUACGGGAACAGCGCAAAGCUGGUCUAUACGGUACUCGAGGGCUUGCCGUUCUUCUCCGUCGACCCCCAGACGGGUGUGAUUCGGACAGCGACUCCCAAUAUGGACCGGGAAACUCAACAGGAAUUUCUUGUCGUGGUGCAGGCCAAAGACAUGGGAGGCCAUGCUGGUGGACUUUCCGGAAGCACAACUGUUACGGUCACACUUAGUGACGUCAAUGACAACCCUCCCCGCUUCCCACAGAGUUCUUACCAGUUUUCUGUGGUGGAAACAGCACCUCCUGGGUCCGCAGUGGGGAGACUGCGCGCGCAUGAUCCUGACGAAGGGGAGAACGCCCUGCUUGCGUACAGUAUCCUGGAUGGAGAUGGAUCCGAGGCCUUUGCCAUUCACACUGACAUGCUGGGGCAGGAUGGGAUCAUCACUGUGAAAAAGCCUCUGGAUUAUGAAUCCCGCCGCUCUUACACCUUCCGAGUGGAGGCCACCAACACGCUUAUCGACCCCCAGUACAUCCGGAAGGGCCCUUUCAAGGACGUGGCCACCGUCCGCGUGACGGUGGAAGAUGCUGACGAGCCCCCAGCCUUCUCCCGUCCCGAGUAUCAUCUGGCCGUUUAUGAGAACGGCCCUCCGGGGACUCUCGUGGGCAAAGUCUCGGCGGUGGACCUUGAUUCCCCCAGCAGUGUCAUCCGAUACUCCAUCUUGCCGCACACGGACCUGGAGCGCUAUUUCAGCAUCAACCCCCAGGAUGGCACGAUUCUGACCUCGGUGCCUCUUGACCGAGAGGUUUUGCCCUGGCACAAUAUGACCGUCCUGGCAACGGAACUUGACAGCCCCACACGGGGCUCCCAGGUCCAUGUGGCCAUUCAAAUUCUGGAUGUCAAUGAUAACCCACCCCAGUUGGAAGAGAACUACGAGCCUUUUGCCUGUGAUAACGCUGCGCCGGGCCAGCUGGUGCAGCUGAUCCGAGCAGUGGACCAAGAUGAGGACGGCAACACGACCCGUAUCAUCAUCCGUUCCCCACCCGGGGCCAGAGAACCAAACGUCACCGUGCGGGAUAAUAAGGACAAUUCGGCCUCCUUGCUGCUCCGGGCUGCCCGUCUGCCUGCGCAAGGCGGAUCUCUGCUUGUGCCCCUGGAACUAGUGGAUGGUGGUUCCCCCACUCGCACGGGCUCCCCGACCCUCACAGUGAGCAUCUGCCGGUGUCGGCGAGACGGGGCCAUGCAGGCUUGUGGGCCCGAGGCCCUUGGAUCUCCUGCUGGCCUCAGCACCGGUGCUCUGCUUGCCAUCCUCGCCUGCGUGGGCACUCUGCUGGCCCUGGUGCUGCUCUUUGUCGCCCUCCGGAGGCAAAAGCAGGCUGCUCUGCUGCCCUUCGAGGAAGAAGAUGUCCGUGAGAACAUCAUCACUUACGACGAUGAGGGUGGUGGGGAAGAAGACACCGAGGCCUUCGACAUGGCCGCCCUGCAGAACCCCGACGCCGCCCCGCCACCCUCCCAGCAACGGCGCCUUCUCCGGCGGGACGUCCUGCCCCGUCCACACUUUCCGCCGUCCCUGUCCACCCGGGUGCCCCCACAGCCCCACGACGUGGCCAGCUUCCUGGCCGCCCGCUUGAGCGAGGUGGACGCCGAUCCUUCUGUGCCCCCUUAUGACUCCAUCCAAGUGUAUGGGUACGAAGGUCAGGGCUCCUCUGCCGGUUCUCUCAGCUCCCCGGGCUCUUCCUGCGCUGGCGACAGCGAUGCUGGGGGCUAUGAGUACCUGGAAGAAUGGGGGCCACUCUUCCGAACGCUGGCUGAGCUGUAUGGUGCCCCAGAGGGUCCGCCUCCGACCUGAGCCAUCUCGGGCCCGAUGCCUCCGCGGAAGAGUGUGAAUCUCUAUUCCCUUUCUCUGUUUUGAGUUGCUUGUUCUCCGUUCUGUCCAGCAGCUUCCUCGUCCUCAGUUGGAAUUUGUCCUUGAAAAGCUGCAUCACCUCAUGGACUCCCAAAUCCUUCCUGUCUACCUGCGAUUGCUUUGGUGUGUCUGUCUCUCACAAAUGUUUUUCCUUCCAUUUCUUUUGGUUGUAUAUCCUAUUUUUUUUCCUUUUUUUUUUGGAGCAUUAUGCAGGCUCUUGGUUCUCAUCCCCCUCUGUCCACUCUGCACUUUAGCCUUGUUUACUUGUCUUCUCCUCCUCCUUUCCAUUUCCUUGUUUUUUUUUUUUCCCCUCCUCAUUCAAAGGUGCUUCGUCUCUGCUAUUUUUUUUGACCGUUCUGUUCCGUUUGCAAGGUUCUCUUUUAAUUUUACAUGAUUUGUGCUGUUUUUCUUACGUUACUUCCCCCCUCCCCACAAUUCCUAUAUAAAAUACUCUAUGCAUUCAUCUUCCCCCCAAAUCCCUUGGCUCCA